GGGCCACGCACCGUCUUCAGGAGCUGAGGAUUGUCCUCUUGGGGCACAGCUGGCUGGAGAAGAGUUUGGUGGGAAACACCAUCCUCGGCUGCCAGAUGUUUGACCUCAGCCGGGACGUGAAGAUGUGCGUCAGGAGGCAAAAGGUUCUGGAUGACGGGCGGAAAGUGGUUGUAGUCAGCACUCCUGAACGGUGGCUCCAUUACUCAGUGCAGGACCCCGGCCUGGUACAUGUGAACAUGGUYGCCUGCAGGGCCAUGUGCCCGCCGGGACCUCAGGCCUUCCUCGUGAUCGUGCCCAUCAGCUCGCACCGAGGCUGGGAGUGGACAUUAGAGGGACCUCUUGAGCUGUUAAAUGACACUCUGUGGAGCAGCACCAUAGUCAUCUUCACCAAAUGUGAGCAGCUCAGAGGAACAUCUSUGGAAAGUUUUGUGGCAAAACAUGGUUUCCUGAAAGCCUUGUUGGAGAAGUGUGCACACAGGUAUCACCUCUUAGACACGAGCACUUGGGGACAGGAUGAUGAAACUCAGGUUGCGGAGCUACUCCUGAAGAUUGAUGUCAUGGCUGGAAGAGCUGGCUUUGUGACUGUAAAGGAAAUGGUGUUUAAAACGACUGAGAAGGAGAGGGAAGAGGUUGAGGAGGCCGCCACUUUACGACGAGAGAAAGUGAAGGUGUCAAGAAGAGCUCUCAGAAGUUUGAUGGGACGGUCACCAUCAUUUCCUGUGCUUCGAAUUCUGGUCGUGGGACCAAAGCAUGUCGGAAAAAGCUCAGCUGGGAACACCAUCCUGGGCGAUAAAGUCUUUCCUGCUGGACGUUCAACAUCUCGGUGCGCUGAGAGGCAGGGUGUCAUCGGGGAGCGGCGAGUCAAAGUUGUCGACACUCCUGGCUGGUACGGACGGUACUGCUCUGAGGACACUCCGCGGGAGGUGCAGGAGCAGAUCGCCCGCGGCGUUUCUCUGUGCGCGGCCGCUCCUCACGCCGUCCUGGUGGUCGUGCGCUGUGACGAGAGCUUCACCGAAACCGACAGGAGAAACGUGGAGGAACAGCUGAACCUCCUGUGGGUUUGGACUCGGAUCAUCGUGCUCUUCACGUGGGGGGACAAGCUGGGUCCCACCUCCAUCGAGGAGCACUUCGAGAGGUGGCCUGCUCUGCGUUGGCUGGUGGACAAAUGUGGAAACAGAUACCAUGUUUUUGACAACACAAACGGGGUUAGAGAUGUUCAGGUUGGAGAACUGUUAGACAAGAUCGACGAGACGGUGACGCAGAACGAUGGCGGCUGCUUGUUGAGGAGUCUCACUGAUCUCCAAAAGAGCAACAGAAAGCUGGAGCAAAAGUCCAAAAACACUGCGAGGCAGCUGAAGAAAGCAAAGGCCAACAAUCAUCUCCUCAUGCAAAUGCUUGAGGAGAAAGAGAGAAGAGUAGAAGACUUGAUCAAGUCUAACAAACUGAAAGGUGACCAGGUUGAAGUUUUAACAAAAACGUUAGAAGAGAAGAAAGACUUGGAAGAAGAAAUGAGCUCGAGAUUCCAGGAUGUCGAUAAGGAGAACAUCAAUUUGCGGAAAGUUGUUGUGGAAAAAGACACGAGCAUAAGAAGCCUGAGUGAACAGUGCUCCGAGAGAGAUGAGCUGUUAAAAGACACAAAGCAAAGGGGUGAAGUUGAGAAGGAAAUAUUGGAGAAAAGAUUAAAAGAACAGUAUGAGGUGGCGGCAGCUUUAAGGGCGACGUGUGAGGAGAAAGACAAAGAGCUCGGCAAAGUGAUGAUGAAUCACAGGACAGAAUCAGCAGAACUCAAACAAACAGUUAAACAGAUCAGGAGAGAAAAUGAAAAUACAAAAAAUCUGCUGAAAGCAACAAUUGAAGGGAUGCAAAUUCACCUUCGGACAAGAGAAAACACCGAGUCGUUUAACGACCUCAGGAGACAAAAUCAAGUCAAAUCGUUGGAGCUUAACGGACAACCGAAAUGGGCUUUCACGAUUGGAUCGAGUCUCUGCAGAGAAACUGUCAGACCUGUUGCAGAAAUGGAUCAUCAGAGCCGAGCCGUUUUGGAUGAAGGCGUCGUGCUUUUUGAGAAGAGAGAAACUGUAACUCAGGACUGGCGGCCGGAGGUGGACAGGACCUGGCUGAGAGCUGGAGGCGCAGCGCUGGGAGCUGCRAUCGGAGCUUUUCUUGCUUCCUUCAGGUUAUCUGCAGGAAUAAAUGUCAAAUCAGCUGGUUGGGCUGCAGCCGGGGCGGCGCUGGGCAGUUUACUGAUCCAGGGAGUCACGUCCCAGCAGAAGAAAAAUGAACACGAGAGAUAGAAAACACUGGAGAGGCUUUUUUUCUGUAUUUCUUUACAUUUAAAAAAAAUAUGAAAAGUGCUUUAGGUUUGACAAUAUGCAAGGAAAUUCACAUCUGUGUAGAUUAUGCUUUUUAUUUAAAAAUUGUGAGAAAAGAUUUUUUUUAUAAGACCUUUAAAAAACAAAACAAUACCUGACUUCCAAAUAAGAGUUUAAAAUCCUGCAGAAAAGCACACAACCAACUUUAUUAAACAUUAACAGAGAAUUAUUUAAUGUAAAAUCAAACACACUGAGUUGUUGCAUAUUUCUGUACAUUGUGUUUGAUAAACAUGAAGCAAGUAAAAGUAAAAAUCCUG